GGAGCGCGCCCUGCCUGUCGAGGGGAGCGGCGGCGGCUUCCUCGUGCCCGGGCGGCUGGGUGGCCAAGUCCGCGGGGUGGCAUCCCUCGCCGUCCGGACCGGGCUGAGGCGGGCAGGAAGGCGCGCGCGCGGGUGAGUGGGACCCCCGCGUGGAUUCUCCGUGGGCGCCUCGCCGGCGCGAAGAAGGAAGGAAGCGGCCCUCGAGGAGAUGGCGAGGCAGGCGCGGACCGCCUAGCAGAAUCGGUCCAUGCCCAGCUGAUUUUUCCUGAUGAUGAAUGGAACAGCCAAUGCCAACGCAGCUGGACGUAGCCAUUAUGGCUCCUCUAUCCCUGUUCCCAGAGCUGCAUCUCACAGCAAGAUACAUACUCUGGCAGCAUCUCCUAAACUGCCCCCAAGGCAGAACACAGUGGCAGCUGUCCCUUUACAGAGGGCAUCCUCACCCAGGACAGCGAAGGCGAUGGCUGGCUCGAGCAGUGGAACUCCUAAAAGAUCCAAGCAGAAGACCACUCUCAAGACUCCAGCAGUUGCAGGCCCUGGGCAAGAUAAAGCGGAGGGGUCUGAGAGCUAUGGGGAGACAGAAGCAGCGGACUCCAGUCUCAGCCAAGGCACCGUGUCUGGCUGCAGUAGCCCCCGGGGAGUGCAGAAGGUCAGUUCCAGAACUGCCAGCUCAGCUAAGAAAGCUGUCAUACAAGCAACAGAAAGAGUAAAACAAGCAGAAGAUAAUAACAGCCUUGGCACCAAGAAGGGUCUCGGGAAGCCCACCACAGUUUCUGAACCUGCAAAAGCCUCUCACCUCCCAGGGAAGAGCCCUUCAUAUCUUAGCCUGUAUAGUGAGACUUUGUUGUCCAAAUCUUCAGAGGGACCAACCACAAAGAGGCCUCAGAGCUGCCCAGUGAAAGGCCAAUGGGUUUCUGAGACCAGCUGGAAAGGAAGUGGCGCAUCCAAGCCAGAAGAUAAACCUCAAGUGAUCUCGCUGGACACAAGCAACCUUAAUAAGGGCCCUGCUCUGCACACUGGUCCGAUCAGUUUUUCUUCUGUGUCACAGCACAGCCAUCCCAUCAUGGCCACUGUUGCUCCCUUCCAUUAUCGACGACAGGGCGACAAAGAGAGGAGCAGCCUCUCUAAAGAGGAGCAGCAUGCAUCUGAGGUGCAGCAGACUAACCCUGCUGAAGGGCCUGAAAUUGGCUUGAGAGCCAUGGAUCCUGAAUCUCAGAGAAAGAGGACUGUGCAGAAUGUACUUGACCUGCGGCAGAACCUGGAAGAGACAAUGUCCAGCUUGCGGGGUUCCCAAGUAACUCACAGCUCACUGGAGAUGACAUGUUAUGACAGUGACGAAGCCAAUCCCCGCAGUGUGUCCAGCCUGUCAAACCGUUCUUCUCCCCUCUCCUGGCGCUACGGUCAGUCCAGCCCACGCCUGCAGGCUGGGGAUGCCCCUUCAGUGGGUGGGGGCUGCCGUUCCGAAGGCACCCCAAGCUGGUACAUGCAUGGGGAGCGAGCUCACUACUCCCACACCAUGCCCAUGCGCAGCCCCAGCAAGCUCAGCCACAUUUCUCGCCUGGAACUUGUGGAGUCCCUCGAUGCUGAUGACGUCGAUCUCAAAUCUGGGUAUAUGAGUGACAGUGACUUAAUGGGCAAGACCAUGACUGAGGAUGAUGAUAUCACUACAGGCUGGGAUGAGAGCAGCUCCAUCAGUAGUGGCCUCAGUGAUGCCUCAGAUAAUCUCAGCUCGGAAGAAUUCAAUGCCAGCUCCUCCCUCAAUUCUCUACCUUCUACGCCUACAGCUUCCCGCAGAAACUCUGCCAUAGCGUUGCGCACAGACUCCGAGAAGCGCUCAUUGGCAGAAAGUGGGCUAAACUGGUACAGCGAGCCAGAAGAGAAAGCUCAGAAGAAGAUGGACUAUGACAGCGGGAGUCUGAAAAUGGAGCACAGUUCCUCCAAAUGGCGCCGGGAGCGCUCUGAAAACUGUGAGGAGGCUCCUGCCAAAGGCGGGGAGCUGAAAAAGCCUGUCAGUUUGGGCCCCCCAGGUUCCUUAAAAAAGGGCAAGACACCUCCUGUGGCAGUGACUUCCCCCAUUACCCACACAGCCCAGACUCUCAAAGUGGCAGGCAAGCCCGAAGCAAAAGCAACAGACAAGAGCAAGCUGUCUGUGAAGAAUGCUGGCCUACAGCGCUCUUCUUCUGAUGCUGGCCGCGACCGGAUUUCAGAUGCUAAGAAACCCCCUUCUGGGCUCACACGGACCACCACUUCUGGCUCCUUUGGCUACAACAAGAAGCCACCUCCUGCAACUGGCACUGCUACAGUGAUGCAAGCUGGCGGUUCAGCCACACUUGGCAAGAUCCAGAAGAACUCCAGUAUCCCUGUCAAGCCCGUCAACGGCAGGAAAACCAGCCUAGAUGUUUCUAAUGCUGGAGAGCCUGGUUUCAUGGCUCCGGGAGCCCGUACCAACAUCCAGUACCGGAGCCUGCCACGCCCAGCCAAAUCCAGCUCCAUGAGUGUGACAAGUGGGCGCAGUGGGCCACGACCUGUCAGCAGCAGCAUUGAUCCCAGUCUCCUAAGCACAAAAGGCAGCAUCUCUGUCUCACGGCUCAAGGAACCCUCUAAAAUUGGCACGGGCCGGAGCACCCCAGUGCCAGUGAAUCAAACAGAUAGAGAGAAGGAGAAGGCCAAAGCCAAAGCUGUAGCCUUGGACUCUGAUUGUAUCUCAGUCAAGAGCAUUGGCUCCCCUGAAAGUACCCCGAAGGCUCAAGGCAGCCACCAGACUCCUGCCAAAGUGGCUGAGUUGCCACCAACACCACUCAGGUCAGCUGCCAAAAGCUAUGUGAAAGCCCCUUCUCUGGCCAAUCUGGACAAGGUGAACUCCAACAGCCUGGACCUUCCUUCUUCAAGUGAGCUUCACCAGAUGCAUGGUGGCAAACUGCCAGAGUCCCACACAGCUGCAGGGAAUGUGGGUGGCCACCUCACAUCGUGCUUCACUCCAAGCCCUGCUCCAGUCCUUAACAUUAACUCUGCUAGCUUCUCCCAGGGCCUGGAGCUCAUGGGUGGCUUCAGCAUCCCCAAGGAAACCCGCAUGUACCCCAAGCUUUCAGGUUUGCACAGGAGCAUGGAAUCCUUACAGAUGCCUAUGAGCCUACACAGUGCCUUCUCAGCAGGCAACACAACAGGUUCCACUGCUACUUCUACCCCUCCUGUUGCUGCUGAAGAGGAACCUAGUGAGAUGGCAUGGACAGGAAGUCCCAGAAUCACACAUCUGGAGAGCUCUAACCGUGACCGGAAUACACUGCCCAAGAAGGGACUAAGGUAUCAAAUCCAGGAAGAGGCCAAGGAGAGGCGACACUCCCACACAAUUGGGGCGAUGCAGGAGUCAGAUGACCAAUCUGAGCUGCCCUCUCCUCCUGCUCUCUCCAUGCCAUUGGUUGGAAAGGCCCCACUCACUAAUAUUGUGAGUCCCACGGCAACCAACACCCCGAGGAUCACCCGCUCUAACAGCAUCCCUACUCAUGACUCUACCUUCGAGCUGUACAACGCCUCCCCCAUGGGCAGCACUCUCUCCUUGGCUGACCGGCCCAAGGGCAUGAUCCGCUCAGGCUCUUUCCGCGACCCUGUGGAUGAUGGUGAGAGUCCUGCACCCGGCCAGGAGGACAAGAGUCUCCUCCUCAGUAAUAAUGUUCAUGGAUCCGUGCUGUCCCUGGCAUCCAGUGCUUCCUCCACUUACUCCUCAGCUGAGGAGAGGAUGCAGUCUGAGCAAAUCCGCAAACUACGCCGUGAGUUGGAAUCAUCCCAAGAGAAGGUGGCCACACUGACAUCCCAGCUGUCAGCCAAUGCCAAUUUAGUAGCAGCCUUUGAACAGAGCCUGGUGAACAUGACAUCUCGCCUCCGACAGCUUGCUGAGACAGCAGAAGAGAAGGAUACUGAGCUCCUGGACUUGCGAGAAACUAUUGAUUUCUUGAAGAAAAAGAACUCGGAAGCCCAGGCUGUUAUCCAAGGGGCCCUGAAUGGCACUGAGGUUACACCUAAAGAACUACGGAUCAGGAGGCAAAACUCAUCAGAUAGUAUAUCCAGCCUGAACAGCAUCACGAGCCAUUCCAGCAUUGGGAGCGGCAAGGAUGCAGAUGCCAAGAAGAAGAAGAAGAAAAGCUGGGUGUAUGAGUUGAGGAGCUCUUUCAACAAGGCUUUCAGCAUCAAGAAGGGUCCCAAAUCUGCUUCUUCCUAUUCUGACAUAGAAGAAAUUGCCACCCCUGAUUCUUCAGCACCCUCAUCUCCCAAGCUGCAACACGGAUCCACAGAGACAGCCUCACCCUCCAUCAAAUCUUCUAAUUCCUCUUCCGUGGGAAUUGAUAACACUGAGCUCUUCCAGACCAACGAAGAAGAGGAGCCUGAGAAAAAGGAGGUCUCAGAGCUACGCUCAGAGCUGUGGGAAAAAGAAAUGAAACUCACAGACAUUCGCCUGGAAGCCCUAAACUCUGCCCACCAGCUGGAUCAGCUCCGUGAAACUAUGCACAACAUGCAGCUGGAGGUGGAUCUCCUGAAAGCUGAGAAUGACCGUCUGAAAGUGGCUCCUGGGCCCUCAUCUGUGCCAGGCUCCAUCCCAAGCCAUGUCUUGAGCUCAUCUGCUGCCUCCUCCCCAAGGCGUUCUCUAGGGCUGCAGCUCACUCAUUCUUUCAGCCCCAGCUUGACGGAUACAGAACUAUCACCGAUGGAUGGCAUCACUGCUGGCACACAGAAGGAUGAGGUGAUGCUACGAAUUGUAGUACGCAUGCCACCUCAGCACAUUAUCAAAGGGGACUUGAAGCAACAGGAGUUCUAUUUGGGCAGCAGUAAGGUGAAUGGGAAGCUAGACUGGAAAACACUGGAUGAAGCUGUCUGUCAGGUCUUCAAGGACUAUGUAACCAAGAUGGACCCUGGUCUCACUCUAGGACUCAGUGUCGAGUCUGUCUAUGGCUAUAGUAUCAGCCAUAUUAAGCGGGUUUUAGACACGGAGCCACCAGAACUUCCACCUUGUCGACGGGGUGUGACCAGCAUUGCUGUGACACUGAAAGGGUUGAAAGAAAAAUGUGUGGACAGCCUGGUGUUUGAGACCCUCAUCCCUAAACCCAUGAUGCAGCACUACAUAAGCCUUCUUCUCAAGCACAGACGCCUUAUCCUUUCUGGACCAAGUGGAACUGGCAAGACUUACCUGACCAAUCGUCUGGCUGAGUAUUUGGUGGAGCGCUCCGGCCGGGAAGUCACUGAUGGCAUUGUCAAUACUUUCAACAUGCACCAGCAGUCAUGCAAGGAUCUCCAGCUUUACCUCUCGAAUCUGGCCAAUCAGAUUGAUCGGGAAACAGGGAUAGAUGUGCCAUUGGUUAUCCUCCUUGAUGACCUCAAUGAACCUGGUUCCAUUAGUGAGCUUGUCAAUGGUGCACUCACUUGCAAGUACCACAAAUGCCCCUACAUCAUUGGAACAACCAACCAGCCUGUAAAGAUGACUCCAAACCAUGGCCUUCACCUGAGCUUCAGGAUGCUGACAUUCUCCAAUAAUGUGGAGCCAGCCAAUGGUUUUCUGGUGCGCUACUUGCGCCGGAAGCUGCUUGAGUCUGACAGUGAUGUCAAUGCCAACCGGGAGGAGCUGCUGCGUGUGCUCGACUGGGUGCCUAAGCUUUGGUAUCAUCUGCACACCUUCCUGGAGAAGCACAGCACCUCUGACUUCCUCAUUGGUCCAUGCUUCUUUCUUUCAUGCCCCAUUGGUAUUGAGGAAUUUCGAACCUGGUUCAUUGACCUGUGGAACAAUUCCAUCAUCCCCUACCUCCAGGAGGGAGCAAAGGAUGGCAUCAAGGUGCAUGGGCAGAAGGCAGCCUGGGAGGACCCUGUGGAAUGGGUGCGAGAUACAUUGCCAUGGCCAUCAGCCCAACAGGACCAAUCAAAACUCUACCACCUCCCCCCACCCAGCAUGGGGCCCCACAGCACGAUUUCACCUCCAGAGGAACGGAGUGGCAAGGAUUCUACACCCAACUCUUUGGAAUCAGAUCCUUUGAUGGCAAUGUUGCUGAAGCUCCAGGAAGCAGCCAACUACAUUGAGUCUCCUGACCGAGAAACCCUGGACCCCAAUGUGCAGUCUGCACUCUAAAGACAGAUGGAUCAGGAUGGAACGGAGACUGGAAUGAGCUGGUCUCGGCUGCCUUCGCUCUUAGUUCUUUUGCAUUUUUUGUAUCUGCAACCUGUGGUCUGAACAGGACACCACAGAAGGUGGAUGAUGGAGGAGGAGGAGGCAGUCUGUCACUCCUCUGCAACAUACUGCCCUCCUCCCAGCCCCAUGACUUGUGGUGGUAGGAGAACGAUGAUUUUUAUUUGUAGGCUUUCAGCCUCUGUAAUAAACUCAUGGGCUUUGCAGUAUGAUCUGGGGGAGGGGGGGCUUUAAUAACCCCCUUGGAUUCAUGACUCCUUGCAACAAAGUUCCUGUGGGGGCAAAGACUUUGGAGACCUCUUCACAGGACCAGACGCUGCAUUUCUGUAGAGCAGUGUUGGCAAGGCAGGACAGCACUUGAGUUUGCAGUUCCCUAAAAUGAGGAUCUUUUUAUAAAGUAAAGAAAAGCAAAAACCCAGAAAGGAACCUGUUAACAUUGAAGUGGAAGAGUUAGCACUGCAGUGACCAGCUGUUUCCCUCUGGGUGCUGCCUUUCAGCUUCCCUACCACAACAAAAAUAGGCAAAGGCCUAGGACUGUUAAUUCUGACUUUGUACCCUCCUUAUUUAAUCUGCAUGAUGGUCCUUUUACAUUCAAACUUCCAAUAAACUCUGCUUUGUUUUUUU